GCCAGAAGCUCAGUUUGCUGUUGCUUAUCAGCCACAACCCUGUGUGUUUACACUGUAAUCUAAUAUUUUCGAUUUAGAUAAAUGAAUUCUAGCAAAAAUGUAGUGCUAGGCUAACCUGUUUCGCAAACAAACCAACUGAAUUAAACAGAAAAAGAGGAAUUCUAAUAUUUCACCUAAUAUUUCAGUACCACUGUUACCUCAUGUUCAGCCUAAUUCAGUCUUAGUUAAUUUAUUUUUGUUGUUUUCUUAUUUUAUUAAAAAAACAAACUACCUUUUUUUUUUUACUAAUUUACAAAGGACAAGAAAUGUCAUAUCCAUAAAGAACUGUAGUACUAACAGAAAAACAUCCUCAUUACUGGACUUCAAUUGAACAUACUAAUAUGAACACUUCAUUUAUAUCAUAAUAAUUAGCCACUUACUUUAUUGGUGUAAAAAUACAAGUUCCAGAAUUCACAAACAGGAUCUAAAAUACCAACUUCAAGCAAAAGGUAACUGGUAUUCAUCCACAACCCUGUCACUCCCCAGUUUACAUAUGUUUUAUGCAUUUAUGUUAUGGAAAAGUAAAAACAAUUACUGACUGCCUCCUUAAUUAUUUUUAAAAGGGGACUUAAGAGAUGUUCUCAGAACCUUUUACAAUACUUCAUGAAACCUGUGUCACAAUAAAAAUACAGUAUUGGUGCAUUUGUACUUCAUAUGUGACAUGAUGUAAAAACAUCCUGUCAAUAUAUCUCGGCCUGAUGAAAUGGGAUUGGGGUAGCUUGUGUUCUUUCUAGUAUUUCAUAAUCACACACAGUGUACAUAGCCAUCAAACAGUAUUUAUACUGGAUGUGCAUACCUAAGUGUAUUGUAUUACUCACAAUCACCUAUCACUCUGUACAAAUGCAUAUGAGAAGACUUUCAUAUACACUCACCGGCCACUUUAUUAGGUACACCGGCUCGAUUGGUUGUUAACACAAAUAGUCGGUCAGCCAAUCACAUGGCCACAACUUAAUGCAUUUAGACAUGUAGACGGAGUCAAGACAACUUGCUGAAUUUCAAACUGAGCUUCAGAAUGGGGCAGAAAGGGGAUUUAAGUGACUUUGAAUGUAGCAUGGUUGUUGGUGCCAGUUGGUUGUCUGAGUAUUUAACAAUCUGCUGAUCUACUGGAAUUUUCGCGUACAACCACCUCUAGGGUUUACAGAUAAUGGUCUGAAAAAAGGCAAAUAUCCAGUGAGUGGCAGUUGUGUGGACCAAAAUGUCUUGUUGAUGUGAGAGGUCAGAGGAGAAUGGGAAUACUAGUUCAAGAUGAUAGAAAGGCAACAGUAAUUCAAAUAACCACUUGCUACAACCAAGAAGAUGGGCUACAGCAGCAGAAGACCAUACCUUGUGCCACUCCUGUCAGCUAAGAACAGGAAACUGAGGCUAGAAAUUCACACAGGCUCACCACAAUUGGACAAUAGAAGAUUGGAAAAACGUUGCGAGGUCUGAUGGGUCUCCAUUUCAGCUGCGACAUUCAGUAUCAGAAUCAGCUUUAAUGGCCAAGUACGCACACAACAUACAAUAAAUUUGGUUUCAGCUGUUGGUAUCACCCUAGGAAUAAGGAAAGAAUAAUAAUUACAUAGAAGAACAGGGAAAAAAUAGUAAUAAAAAUUAAUAUAGCCACAGUAUAUAUAGCCACAGUAUAUACAGAUAUUUACAAGCUACAAAGGAAUAUCUAAACACUGUAGUGCAAAAUGAUAAUUGCUACAUAAUGAUACAGCGUGGCUGCUCCAAACCACACAGUGACAGAGGUGCACAGGACAGAUUUGAUGACUGCAGUGUAGAACUGGAUCAAUAGCUUCUGUGGCAGGCCAUGUCGCUUCGCAGGAAAUACAUUCUCUGCUGAGCAUUUUUUAGGAUGGAGCAGAUGUUCUUCUCCCACUUCAGGUCCUGAGAGAUUGUAGUCCUCAGGAGCUUGAAGGACUCCACAGCUGACACAGGGCUGUUGCUGAUGGUGAGGGGGAGCAGUGAUGAGGGCUGUCUCUUGAAGUCCACGAUCAUCUCCGCAGUCUUCAGUGUAUUCAGCUCCGCGUUGUUCUGGCUGCACCAAAUUACCAGCCGCUCAACCUCCUACUGAUAUGCGCAGAGCGUCACUGUCUUGGAUCAGGCCAAUGACUGUUGUAUUGUCUGCAAACUUGAUGAGUUUUACAGCUGGGUGCUUGGAGGUGCAGUCGUUGGCGUAGAGGGAGAAGAGCAGUGGAGGCAGGACACACCCCUGGGGGGCGCCAGUGCUGACAGCCUCCUGUCUGUCAGGAAGCUGGUGAUCCAUUGACACAUGGAUGGAGACACAUUGAGGUGGGGGAGUUUGGUGGACAGGAUUUCAGGGAUGAUGGUGAAAAAUCCAAAAAUAGGAUUCUUGCAUAACUCCCAGGGUCAUCUAGAUGUUGCAGGAUAUAGUGCAGCCCCAGAUUGACUGCAUCAUCAGCCAACUUGUUUGGGCGAUACGCAAACUGCAUGGGGUCCAGCAGAGAUCCUACUAUGGAUUUCAGGUGGCUCAACACCAGUCUCUCGAAGGACUUCAUGACCACAGAUGCCAGAGCUACUGGUCUGUAGACAUUCAGUCCUGUGAUGGAGGGCUUCUUGGGAACCGGGAUGAUCUGAUCUCUUUGUUCAGUGUGGUCUGGCCUUCUUAAACAAGUCUGUCCCAACUCCUGUAGGCGUCCUCCUUGGCGUGGUGGAGCUGUUGCAGUUUGGUGGUGAACCAUGGAUUGUUAUUGUUCAAAGUCCUGAAUGUUUUGGUUGGCACACACAUGCCCUCACAGAAACUGAUGUAUGCUGUCACAGUGUCUGUCAGAUUACCCAGGUUGUUGUUGGCAGCUUCAAAAACACUAGUCUGUGCAGUCAAAACAGGCUUGAAGUUCCUGCUUUGCCUCACUGGUCCAUUUCCUUACAGUUUUAACCGCAGGCUUUGCAGAUUUUAGUUUCUGCCUGUAUGUGGGGAUGAAAUGGACCAGACAGUGAUCAGAGUGACCCAAAGCUACCGCCGGAACAGGGUGGUAUGCUCCUUUUAUAAUGGUGUAACUGUGGUCCAGGAUGUUGCUGUCUCUUGUGGGGCAGCUAAUAUGCUGUUUGUAUAUUCAGAUGGUAGGGUCAGAAUUUGGUGUAAACAACAUGAAAGCAUGGAUCCUGUCUUGUAUCAACGGUUCAGGCUGCUGCUGGUGGUGUAAUGGUGUGGGGGAUACUUUCUUGGCACACUUUGGGCCCCUAAGUACCAAUUGAGCAUGGUUUAAAUACCACAGCCUGAGUAUCGUUGCUAGCCAUGCCCAUCCCUUCAGCACCACAGUGUACAAACUGGUUUCUUGAACAUGACAAUGAGUUCACUGUACUCCAAAUGCCUCCACAGUCACCAAAUCUCAAUCCAAUAGAGCACUUUUGGGAUGUGGUGGAGCGGGAGAUUGGAUUCAUGGAUGUGCAGCCGACAAAUCUGUAGCAACUGCAUGAUGCUAUCAUGUCAAUAUGGACCAAAAUCUCUGAGGAAUGUUUCCAACACCUUGUUGAAAGUAUGCCACAAAGAAUUAAGGAAGGUGAAGGCAAAAGGGGGUCCAAGGUGUACCUAAUAAAGUGGCCAGUGAGUGUAUAUUCUCUACUACCGUCCAUGGUAUAUGUUGGGUAUUGCAGUGUACUGAUCACUCUAGUUGUAGCUUGAAAUAGGUUUUUUACAACAAUAAUUAUGGGACUGACUUAUGGAAUAUUCGGUAACUGUCAAACAUCCAUCACGCUAGAUGUUCCUCUUUUAUGUAACCACAAAAAGAUGAAUGGAAGUACGUAGAUAAAUGUAUUGAGUGUUGUGCACAACUGGGUUACACAUUGUAACUCCUUAUUAACUAUAUCUGUAUAUUUAAUUUUUUUCUAGAAUAUAGGACUACUAUUCUACUUGGAUUGCUCUAUAUAAUAACUCAUCUUUUUAUGGAAAAGUGAUACAUCUGUUCUUCUGUGUAUCUGUGAAAUAGAUCACUGUAUAUUUUAAAGCUUUUUAUAGUGGCAUGCUUUGCUAUUGUACUCGGAUCAUUAUUUUAUGAAAGUGACCAUUGGAUCUCAGUUUAGAGUCGUAUAUGUGCAGUGGACUUGGAGGAAAUUGAAUACAUAAUCCACUUUUCUCUGUUGCCUUGUCUACACUUCUAAACCUAAAAGUAAACUAAACAACAUUCCUUUUGUAAGGAAACGGAGCUGUGACAACGGUUUCAUACUGUACAGUAUGAUCAUUCAUUUUGAAAUUGCCAAAUCUAUCAUUGUCUCUUGAGUUUACUCCUGACUGCUUAGCCUUUUAACUCUGUGCCAGUUGCCUUUAUUUCCUUCCACUCUUCUUGUCAUAAGAUAUAGACAUUUUUUGUUGAUAGUUGAUUAAGACACCUUUUGUAUGUUCACUUGUUUUUUUUGUUUGUUUUUUAAAAAUUUCCUUCAAAUCUUUGUCAUGCUUGUAUUUGGAAAAUGCUUUGCAUUUUCAAGGUUUGUAAUUUACUGUAAACUGUUUUUGCUGUUUAUGGAUGAGACUUUUACAAAAUAUACUCAAUGGAAUGCACAACGAGACUGUAAUGCUCAUUACACAUACACACCACAAAACUCUAGCAUGGGUAAAAAGUAGAGAAACUUUUCCACUGUGACAUUCUUGUCACUACUUGGACAACAAAAACAACAUCAAGAUCAGAAUAUAAGGUUAAAUACUGUACAGUGUAAGCCUAUAGUGUUCAGCACAAUGUAUAAUGUAACACAAUUAAUACACUACGGUUACAUGUCGUGUACAACAGAACUGUACACCCUUGAGCAAUAUCACUUAAAUGUCAAAUGCUUUAAAAUUGUAAUCCCCAAGUUGACAAGUAGAAGAGUUCUUCUUAUGAACAAUCAAAAACAUAUGCUUUAAAAAGACUGGAUUGAAAAUACAGGCAAAGAAACUCAAUGCAAAAAAGUGAUUAUAAUUGUGAUCACCAACAGAAAUUUAAAAAUUUUAGGUUUUUAAAAUAGUUAAUCCAAACUGUUAGUUUUUAAUUUUACAUAGGAGGAAAUACUAAAUACUGUUCAACUUAGAAGCAAUGCAUUUACUGUAAAAUUAUACAGUUCAAUAUAAUUUGAUAUUACAGUGAUAUUGCACAGAGCUAUACCUACUUCUGUGGUAUCAAUGUAAUUGGCUACUUUCAUUUUUCUCAUUUCUGUUGUAUAUUCUACAUGUGUAAUUUCCUCUUAUUUUUUCCAAUUGAAAAAAGUUAGUGUGCGUGAUCACACACGUCUGAUAAAAGAGAAAAAAAAAAUCUUUAUAAUGAUGUUUAUUUUCAGCUAAGCUCCGGCUGGAGAACGUCACUAUCUGUCUGCGCAACCAGCGCGCAGUAUUGUUCCUCUUUGAAUGCGAGCAGUAGCGGGUGCGCAGUUCGCACCGAAUAACUCGGCGCUGAAAAGGAAGAACUCCAGUUUAGUAGUGACACACGCCUGGGUAACGGUACUAUUAAGUAAAACAGCGUCCACGUAGUUGGUUUGCUACAUGGCUGACAAAGAGGUGAUACGUGUAACUUAUCCCAUGUUGUCCUGCCUAAGUGUAUGAUGAUGCAGUGGAAGAAAGGGUCAUUAAUGAAGAGUACAAGAUUUGGAAGAAAAACACACCUUUUCUAUAUGACUUGGUGAUGACUCAUGCACUGGAGUGGCCCAGCCUUACUGUCCAGUGGCUUCCAGACGUCAGCAGACCAGAGGGGAAGGACUGUACUGUCCACAGACUGGUUUUGGGUACCCAUACAUCUGAUGAGCAGAACCAUCUUGUGAUUGCAAGUGUCCAGGUACCAAAUGAUGAUGCCCAGUUUGAUGCCUCCCACUACGACAGCGAGAAGGGAGCAGAGUUUGGUGGAUUUGGUUCUGUCAGUGGGAAAAUAGAGAUUGAGAUCAAGAUCAACCAUGAGGGAGAGGUGAACCGAGCACGCUACAUGCCCCAGAAUCCCUGCAUCAUUGCCACUAAGACUCCCACCUCUGAUGUGCUGGUCUUCGACUAUACUAAACACCCAUCGAAGCCUGAUCCAAGUGGGGAGUGUAGUCCUGACUUGAGGCUGAAAGGCCACCAGAAAGAAGGAUAUGGCCUUUCCUGGAAUCCAAACCUCAGCGGCAACCUACUUAGUGCCUCUGAUGACCAUACCAUCUGUUUAUGGGACAUAGGGGCUGGCUCAAAAGAAGGGAAGAUUGUGGAUGCCAAGACCAUCUUCACUGGCCACACAGCAGUGGUGGAAGAUGUUUCCUGGCAUUUGCUCCAUGAAUCCCUGUUUGGCUCAGUUGCUGACGAUCAGAAACUAAUGAUAUGGGACACUCGGUCUAACAACAUGUCUAAAGCCAGCCACUCAGUGGAUGCUCACACUGCUGAGGUUAACUGUCUGAGCUUCAACCCUUACAGCGAGUUCAUUCUUGCCACUGGUUCUGCUGAUAAGACUGUUGCAUUGUGGGAUUUAAGGAACCUUAAACUGAAGCUCCACUCCUUUGAGUCCCACAAAGAUGAAAUUUUCCAGGUACAAUGGUCUCCUCACAAUGAGACAAUCCUGGCCUCCAGUGGCACUGACCGACGUCUCAACGUCUGGGAUCUCAGUAAAAUUGGGGAGGAGCAGUCUGCAGAAGAUUCUGAGGAUGGCCCACCAGAGCUUCUGUUCAUCCAUGGUGGUCACACAGCCAAGAUCUCCGAUUUCUCCUGGAACCCCAACGAACCCUGGGUCAUCUGCUCAGUGUCUGAGGACAAUAUUAUGCAAGUCUGGCAGAUGGCGGAGAACAUCUACAAUGACGAGGAGCCAGACAAUACCCCUGCAUCAGACCUGGAGGCUCAGGGAUCAUAACCCAGCUCUAUGAAUCUCAACCCCUUCUCCAUUCCCUUAGCUCUAGAUCUAGCCUGUCCUUUUCUCUCUGGCUUAUCUUAAGUGCAAAGUCAAAUGUGGGUCUUGCUCCCGGACAGUUGGAUUCUGUACCAUUGUGUGCUUAUGUAUCACUGCGUCCCACGAAUCCAAUAUCCCUGAAGCACUUACAAUAGUUUAAGAUGUUUAAAAUGCUCCCAUGGUCAGGUGGUCCAAUCUCCAGUGUUGGUAAAAUGGCAUUUUAUCGUAAAGGGCUUUUGAAGAGUCUAAGAGCAGAAAACCUUUAUGUGUAUACAAUCACUGUAAAUUCUAAUGACCAGUUCAUUUCAGAAGGCUAAGGAAAACAUGAAAUUCAUUUUGCAGUCUGUGACUGAGUACACAGAAGACCUCAGGUAGUAGGCUUUCCUGAAACCUGAGCAAUAGAAGAUUACAAGAGCACUCAAAUUAUUUUGGGAAACCUGAUUACGGUUUAACGCAAGCCGUGCUGGUCAUACCUUAUUUUUCCACCUGUUAAGCAUUGUGGUUGUUAUGUUUGAUAGAUAUUAUUCUAUUUAGCUGGCAUGUUAUUGCCGUUCUUUGUCACCCAUUCACGAGGUACAUCAAUACUUCAGAAUUUGGCUUUUAUGAACAGUGUGUGACUAAAUCAGCGCACUUGACAGUUUUCUUUUUCUCUUUCUUUUGUUACAUUUUAUGAAACUACAGUUCUGUUUCCUGCACCACAAAUUGCAGUAAAGCUUUUGUAACUUCGAAAAAACAAGUUUGUCAUUUGGCGUAUUAAAAAUAAAACAGUCUGUUUCUUCAAAUAACUUAAAACAUCCCCUCCAACUGAAGUUUAAGCCUGUUAUAAGGGAAUUUUUUCUUGCCACUGUUACCUUAGGGCUUGCUCUGGGGGUUCAGGCAUAUGGGUUCUGUAUUGAAUUGAAUCAGGGCUGAACAGUGGCUUGGUGUUUAGCACUUUAAACGGUGUAUAGAUAAUGGAUGGAUGAAUGAAUUGAAUUGGCUAAACAAUCUUAGUAGCCAACACAGAGAAAAGCUGCAUAUAUAGCUCUGACACUCCAGAGCAAAUUACGUAACACAGGAAUCACUGAAAAAAAACCCAUAGCUAUUGCAGAUUCUUCAAAAUGUUUAUUGAAAAGCAAGGGUGGACUUUAUGAGCAUUGUACAAUCAACUUCGGGGGGUAUCAGGGUAUCAUCUUUUUUUUUAGUAAAAAAUUAAGUUCUUCAAAGUU